AUGGUUUCUUCUAACACCUUGUCUCUUUCUCUAACCUUGUUCCUUUCUUUCUCUUCUUUCUUCUCUCCCUCACAGUCUCACAACAAGGAGGACCUUCUAUCUAUUGUUGACCUUAAACUUGUUCCUUGGGGUAAUGCUAAACUCAGAGAUAACUCUACUAUUGUUUGUCAGCAUGGUGAAGAUGAGUGCUUGUUAGAUACGGUUGAAGGGUGUGCUAUUGAUACCUGGCCUCAACCGGACAAGCAUUUUCCUUUCAUCUAUUGUGUUGAGGAUCUGGCGCAUCAGGGUAGGCGCAAAGAGUGGGAAUCUUGUUAUGAGAAACUGGGUCUGCUGGAUUCAUCAACUGUCAAUGAUUGUUAUCAAAGUGAGCAUGGAAAAGAGUUGCAUCUAAAGCAUGCAGAUGAAACAAAUGCUCUACAGCCUCCUCACACUUACGUUCCAUGGGUAGUUGUCGAUGGAGAACCACUCUACGAUGAUUAUAGAUACUUCAUAAGUUAUAUAUGUAAGGCUUAUAAAGGCACUGAUGCACCUAAAAGCUGUUCCCAAACAUCAUACAUUACUAGUACUGUUAGAGAAGUAGAAGCAAAGGCAAAUGAUUCAUUUUGUCUCAUGGAAAAAGUGAUACCAACAUGGAAUAAAAUAAGGUCAACCAUUGGCUCAUGGAUGAACCACAAGAAUCUUGCAGGUGCAAUUUAA